AUGAAACUGUCACAGAAACUUGGUCUGGUUUUCACAGCUCUUUCUCUUUUACUUGUCGUCAUUACCUUCUCCACUCCAGGUUUAUACAGAUUGCAGAUUCCUAAAGACAAAAAGGUACAUACAACACAAGAAGUUAUAAAGAUCAAAGGGGGUAGAAGUUAUCACGUGAUCGAGCCACCCUCGUUUUCUAUACCAACCGUCGUAACAUUGUCAUGUGGACUCUGGUACUUCAGCGCUUGUGUUCCUGACUACUGUGAUGUCCAUUCUUACCAGCAUGCCAAACACACUGCGAGACACUUGGACGAAGAGUUGCAGGGCAUGGACAUGGAGGAGAUUUAUAACAAUAUUGGUGAUAUUGCGAAAUUCGCUAUGCUGGAGUUCCAGAUAGAGAUAACAGCCUCGAUAGUUUGUAUGGUCGUCUCCAUGGUAACGACGGUUUGCUACUUCCGGGGACAUAUGCUGCGCAGAGGCGUCGGUCUCGCUGCAUUCAUCAACACGUUAGUGGCAGGUGUCUUUCUCGCUGUAGCGACUGGCAAGUGCGCGACACUGAUUAUUCAGUCACGUGUCCUCCUCAGCAGCAAUUUCGACUUCAAGAUGAAUACGGUUACAUUCAGUUUCCCGUACGGUCUCCUUCUUUCCGGAUUAGCGGCCAUUUUCCUUUUUGGAUCUUCUUUAUCUCUACUGUUAACACUAACCGACGAGAAAACACGUAUUUCUGACCAGAUGUCAAAAAGCUUGAUUUGCAAUGAAACGCCCAAAACUAUUCCGUGUAAUAUGGUUUCUCCUGCCGAGCAAUCUAUUUAA